AUGUCUCAACGCAGUAUCAUCAAGGAUAUCGUCAUUACCCCCGUGGCAUUCCAUGAUAUGCCACUGCUGAAUAGCGUGGGAGUCCAUGAACCUUAUGCACUACGCAGCAUCAUCGAAAUCAUCACAGAAGACUCUUAUGGUCUUGGAGAAUCUUAUGGAGACUCCGCACAUCUAGAUCGGUUGCAAAAAGCAGCGGAUAAGAUCAAGGGUCUUUCUAUCUACAGCACAAACAUCAUCUAUCAAAAGUGCGUUGAGUCUCUCCGCAAUGACACCAACACAGGCGGCGAUGGAAUGGGCGGAAUGGUCGUGACAGCCUCCGUCGCAGACAAAGUCUUUUCCCCCUUCGAAGUCGCCUGCCUCGAUCUUCAAGGCAAACUAGCAGGCAUAUCUGUCAGCGACCUACUCGGCGGACGCAUCAGAGAUUCCGUCCAGUACUCUGCCUAUCUCUUCUAUAAAUGGGCGGGUCAUCCUGGUGACGCGGAUGAUGAAUAUGGCGCUGCAUUAGAUCCAGAAGGGGUUGUCAAGCAAGCAAGGAAGAUCAUUGAUGAGUACGGCUUCAAGGCCAUCAAGCUCAAGGGCGGUGUCUUUCCUCCUGCCGAAGAAGUCGCAGCCAUCAAAGCUCUACAUGAAGCGUUUCCUGACCUGCCAUUGAGGCUUGAUCCAAACGCUGCGUGGACAGUUGAGACUUCAAAAUGGGUUGCCAAAGAGCUUGAAGGCAUAGUGGAGUAUUUGGAAGACCCAGCUGGUGAGAUUGAGGGUAUGGCAGCUGUGGCCAAGGAAGCUUCAAUGCCUCUAGCUACCAACAUGGCAGUCGUCGCUUUCGAUCACCUCCCGCCCUCGAUCCUUCAAAACGCUGUCCAGGUCAUCUUAUCCGACCAUCACUUCUGGGGUGGUCUCCGCAAGUCGCAAACGCUAGCGUCCAUCUGUGCUACAUGGGGUCUUCGACUUUCCAUGCACUCCAAUAGCCACUUGGGUAUCUCGCUUGCUGCGAUGACACAUCUCGCUUCUGCAACUCCCAAUCUCGAUUACGCCUGCGACACACAUUGGCCAUGGAAGCGUCGUGAUGAAGACGUUGUUAUCGACGGAGCCUUGAAGUGGAAGGAAGGUGGUGUGAUAGUGCCGUCAGGUCCUGGUUUGGGCAUCGAGUUGGAUAGGGAGAGGUUAGCAAAACUUCAUCAGCAAUAUUUGGAUUGUGGGUUGAAGAAACGAGAUGAUACGACGUAUAUGAAGAGGUUCCAGCCAGAGUUCUCGGAAAGUAUUCCUCGUUGGUGA